UCAGGUUUUAUCUCUCAGCUGCAAGAUGACAUCAGCCCCUCGCUCUCCUCUCUACAUCCUCUCUGCAAGAGAAGUUAGUCGCAGCUGCGAGGAAGCAACAGAACUAAUGGAGCUUGUGGCCGAGCUUCUCCUACUCCGCUCAGGCUCAAAAUCAACCAGAGCACCCCCUCUCCAUCCCUUCUCUCUUUCAGAUAACUCUUACAGCAAAUCCCGUGACGCCAUAGUGGCCAAUACGAAAGGCCUUGCAAUUGCAAUCAAGGAUUUAACAAGGCAGCUAAAGGACGAGAGUUUUGCAGAUGUUGAAAGGACAGUCCGUUCCAUUUCGGAGAAAGUAACAAUAUUAAUAGAAGCAACAAGUCAUGCAGCGUACAUCACUGCUCUCUCGAGCGACGGGACAUCUCCGGCUAAACCGGGACCCAUCGAUCAAUACUCUUUUGCAAAAUCCCGCCUCAUUAUUUCGAAUACGUGCAACAAGUUCUCCAGCGAAAGGGGAAGCACUCUUAGUAACGAUGACAUGCUUGAACUAACUCAAACCAUUGCAAGCAACCUGACAAUUUUACGCCAAAACUGUCAACAGGCAUCAACUGCAGAAAGCAUAGGAGAACUAGCUCAGAACCAGUUCAGCGCUUGCGUGCAAAGUCUUGAUGGGACUUCGUCAGCAUUUGUGUCAUCAGUCAAAGGGUUCCUUACCAGUGGGCGUGGGAGUGACAAAAAGAAAGUGGCCAUGUUUACUGUUGCUUUGGCAGCUGCUGUUAACAGUGUUGCUGGAUUUGCUGCGUUGCCAGAAUUUGCAGGUGGUGUUGCUUCCUUUUCUACUGAAGGAGAACAGAAUCAGACCGAGAUGCUAGCCAGAGCAAUGUCUGUCGUGAGUGCAAGCGUUCAAAUGCUAAACACUGUCACUCAACUGAUUGAUAAUAAGAUCGGAUCAGCAAAAAGCCUCAACCUUGGAGAGAAGAAGAUUUCAGAUGAAAAGCAUUGGCAGAGGCUGGUAAGUUGUACUCGUGCAGUUGCUGAAUCUUGCAAGAUGUUGGCAUCUUCUAUUCGCGAACACACCCCCUUUGUAUCACCUCAAGGAACUCCUCCCAUCCCCAGAGCAAAUCAAACUACUUAGAAUAAUUUUGGUAAAGCAUAAAAUAUAUUUAUUAUUAUUAUUUUGAUUAUUAAUGUCACUUCUGGUUUCAUGCUCAUUAAAAUAUAAUUCAUUGAA